AUGUCGUCCACCCCCCGCCAGCCGAAGAAGCCGAAGCAGAAGGCCCUCCCGCCGGCCGAGGUCCAGGAAGAAGAGUACGACUCGGAAGAGUACUACGAGGACGAGGCCCCCCCGCAACAGAUGCAGCAGGCUGCGCCGCAACAGAUGCAGCAGAUGCAGCAGCAGGCGCCGCCGCAGUACGAUGCGCGCGCGAUGCUGCCGCCGCGGGCAGAGGGCUACCGACCGGCGGCCAUCAGGGAGAGCCGGAUCAAGGACCGCCCGGCGAAGCCGUUGGGGGAGAGCAGUCUGAGCAUCAAGAUUGAGCUGGACCUGGAGGUUGAGGUUGAUCUUUAUGCGAGGGUCAAGGGAGAUGUGACGAUUGGGUUGAUGUGA